AUGGCCCAGACGAUGGGUUCAGACUUCAAAAAAGAAGGUUAUACCUUCUUUAGAAUGUUCUUUUCACAGUUAAAUUUCGCUCAUAUUGGUAUUAAAUUUUGAUACAGCAGGAAAUGGACAAGAAAACCUACCCAGAACAGAGUGCCUUACAGGUAUGAAAGAAGAAUUAAACAAAAGAUUAUAUUCCGCGUUCCUGUUAAGUUUGUCGCUCUGAUAAAAAGUUACAGCUAAUUUAAGACAACCUUAAUCCUGUUAUAAACGGUUGUUUGAUCCACAUGAAGGAUUAUGGAGUUUAGGAGGGUGUUGGCCGAAGCCGAAGGUUGAGUUGGAUUUGGAUGAUAACCUCGUGUCAAUAACUGUUUUUAUUAUUUCUUCUAAAACGUUUCUUAUUUCAUUCGUUCAUAACAUUUGCCAGUUCGGCAGUUUUAAUAUAAAAACUUUCGUUUUUUAGUAGUUAUUCCUCAAAAACAAAGUUAAGAAUUUUCCAAUUCAGUGCAUGUGGCUUCUGUGUAAUGAUGCUAUCUUUUUUCAUUCAGUUGGCAUUAAGCAUUUGAAAUCUGUCAGCUAGUUUUGUUUAGUUUAGGCUCUGCGCAUCUGCGCUGCCAAAGCCACCACUUUCCGUUGAAUGACGUCAUUCACCAAUAAUUUUUGUAUUUGUGGAUCAUUUCAUAGCAAAAACUUAUCGGUGAAUUACGUAUUAAACGGUUUCCCAAUUUGUUCCGCGUUUGCUCGUCAAAUCACAAACGGAGAAGUAUUUUGAGUGAAUGUUAAUGGUUGGUGUUUAAAAGAGGAGAAAUCUGUUAUUAUAUAUCGUUAGCCAACUUUGCUAGGUAAAAUUGUCACCGUUAGGUUAAAUAGCACUAUUGACAUCAGCAGCAGCUAGCUUAGCAGUCGUAUCCCUUAAGGCAAGCGGGAGAAAAGAGACACGUUUUGCUCCUUUUUGCCCAAUGCCCUCGCGCGUCUUUCGUGCAGUGCCAUACGAUCGACUGCUACGCAGACUAUAUCAAUACAUCAUCUAUUUUUAGUCACUUAAGAGCUCUGGCAAUAUCGUUUUUCGUUAAUUUACCGUUUAGUUUUUUGCAUGUAAAGGAAAUCUUGAUAAAUUGCGUCAGACUACACAGCAACGAUACAUAAUUUGUUUUACAGGCGCUUGUAGAGGUUUGUCCAAUCUUCCGCGUCCUAGUCGAAAGUUUGUCAAUCGCAAUCAAGAAAUUGAAGACAUUAAGAAACAUCUUCUCCCACACCCAGAAAACGACUGCAGUUGUGUCUUAGUACAUGGAGCUGUUGGGAUGGGAAAAACAGCCACUGCCAUUAAAGCGGCAAAUGAGAUUCGAGAUAAUGACGAUAACACUGCUGUCGUCUACAUCAACUGCAAUGUUGUCAAUUCAUGUGAUGAUCUUGCGGUGAAGAUUUCCCAGCAAAUCUAUGAUUUUCCUUUGAAUGAGUUCACUGCGGAAAUUAAAAGGAGGCUAAUAAGUGAGAAAGAUCUCCUCAUCAUAUUGCUGCUGGACAAGUUUCAAUCCUUGGACCCCCUGCAUCGCAAUGAGGAAGCUAACAUGAAUCCGGAGAUAACUAGGAUUGACCAAACAGAAGAGUUAAAAGUUAAAAAGUUCAUCACAGAAAUCAUCACAGCCUCGACUAAAGUCAAGCUGCUCGUUACCUCAUCAGUGUGGGCGUGUUUUCCAGAAACAUGUCAACAGACAGUAAGGCUGGAUCCGUUAGAGGAGAGUGCAUCAUUUGAGCUUCUGAAGAACACCUUUAACCGUCAGCUGGACGUAGAAAUUGCUUACAAAAUAGCCGGAUUUUGUGAUGGUAUUCCGCUCGCCCUUAUUUCCUUGGCAAGACCAUCCACCCGAUCUUGUGGAAAUGAUGACCAACGCCAACCCAGAGGAAAAAUACAAGAAAUUCAUACCAAUUCCUAA